AUGUACGUGGGCGAGUACAGGGACCUGCUUCGCGAUGGCCAAGGUUCCUACACAUUUCCAGGCAACUUCUUCCACUACUCAGGGAGCUGGCGUCGUGGCAAGAUGCAUGGGCAGGGAGAGCUCACGCUAGGUGACGGGACGAGUUACGAGGGCGAAUUCCAAGACGGUGAAAUCGAGGGCGUUGGACUCAAACGGUGGCCGGACGGAUCCAGCUACAGCGGCCACUUCCGUGAAGGUGAGAUGCAUGGUGAAGGCGUCUAUUUGUCUGCAAGUGGUGAGAGAUAUGAAGGAGGCUGGGAAAACAAUCAGCGCUAUGGUCAUGGACAGCUACGGCUUGCAAACGGAUAUAUCUUCAGCGGAAACUUUGCUGCACACUAUCCAAGCGGACUUGGGAAGAUGGUGUAUGCUUCGACUGGCCAUGUGUACGAGGGUGAAUGGCUCGCUGGAGUACGCUGUGGCAAUGGACUGCUGCAGGAUGCCAGUGGGGAUCGCCUCUACGAAGGGCAUUGGAGGGACAAUCGCAGAAAUGGAGAUGGUGUC